ACAAUCUUGUUUGUUGUUAUUGUUAGUUUUUAGAAAAACAAGUUCAUUUUACCUUCCUCAAUAUCAUGAAAGCCCAGGUCAUCCAAUUUUAAGAGCGGAGAGAAAAAAAUAUUUUGUGAUAGUUAGAAAGGUAAAGUUAAUUUUUUAGUUAGUUUUUUUUCUGAGAGAAACCCCCUUUGUUGUUGAGCGGCGGGGCUAGCCGUUUAUACCUGGCAACCACUACACGACGAGGGCAAUGAGGCGAACGGCGGCGUUGCUAUCGGCCCACUGCGGCCGCAGCAUCCCGUUGGCGCUCGCCGACGUGCUCGUCUGCCCACUCUCUAAGCAGCCUCUUAGGUACUGCGAGGUCAACGGGUCUUUGGUCAGCGACUCCGCUGGGGUGGCCUUUCCAGUACUUGAUGGGAUUCCUUCUCUUGUACCAAAAGAUGGAAAGUUACUCGACGACCAAGAAGUGAAAUCAGAACAAGAGUCCAGCACUAGGGAUUCUUCUGGUUGAAUCCUUGUCUAUGCAACAUCUAAUUGAAGCAAUAUGUUGUAGUAAAUCGACGGUAAUAAAACCAAGUGCUUCUUGUCGGAAAUCGUCACCAUAUUGCCCUAGAGGAUGAGGUGCACCGUUUCUGUUGAGAAGGCUAAUAUGGUUGUCUUGAAAGACAACAAUGAAAUUGGCAAACAUAGUUUCUGCUUUAUUUUCUUUUACUGGAAUAACUAUUCUGUUCAUAUACUGCAUCUGAUAGUACAAAAUAAUAGUUGGACUCAUAAUUCAAAGUUAUCAUGCUCUA